CUCAUUUAUAACAGCUUUGCUCAGUUCUUAGUCAAGGAGAAAGGGUAUGAUAAGGAGUUGCUCACUCUGACGCCAGAGGACUGGGAUUUCUGUUGCAAGGGUUUGGCCUUGGAUCUGGAGGAUGGAACCUUCAUUAAACUUGCAGCUGAUGGCACUGUGCUCAGGGCAAGCCACGGCACCAGGAUGAUGACUCCAGAGGAGCUGGUGGAGACCUACGGCAAGAAGGACUGGAGGCACUGUACGACAGACAGACACUGUGCAGCGAACGUCGACAUUCCCUGCUGCUCAGGAAAGUGUUACUUCUAUGAUAACUACUUUGACCUGCCGGGGGCUCUUCUGUGUGCCAGGGUGGUGGACUCCUUAACAAAGCAGAACAGAGGUCAAAAAACAUUUGAUUUUUGGAAGGAUGUAGUUGCUGGUAUACAACACAAUUUUAAAAUGUCAGCCUUUAAGGAAAAUUGUGGAUUCUUCUUUCCAGAAAUAAAGAGAAAUCUAGGCAAGUAUGUGCACCGCUGUCCUGAGUCUGUGAAAAGGUGGCUUCGCCAGCUGAAGGAUGCUGGAAAAAUUACCAUGUUGAUCACCAGUUCUCACAGUGAUUACUGUAAACUUCUUGGCACUUAUAUCCUUGGGAAGGAUUUCGCAGACCUUUUUGACAUUGUGAUUACAAAUGCAUUAAAACCUGGAUUCUUCUCACAUUUCCCAAGCCAGAGGCCUUUCCACACACUCGAGAACGAUGAGGAGCAGGAGGAGCUGCCCUCUCUGGAUAAACCUGGCUGGUACUCCCAAGGCAAUGCUGCCCACCUCUAUGAGCUUCUGAAGAAAAUGACUAACAAGCCUGAACCCAAGGUCGUUUACUUUGGUGACAGCAUGCACUCAGACAUUUUCCCAGCUCAUCACUAUAGUAACUGGGAGACAGUCCUCAUUCUCGAGGAGCUUCGAGGGCAAGAAGUGAAGGCUGAAGAAGCAGAGCCUCUGGAGAAGAGAGGAAAAUACGAGCCACCAAAGGUUAAGCCUCUAAACUCCUUAUCUAAUAAAUGGGGCUCCUAUUUUAUUGACUCAGUCUCAAGACGAGGGAAUGCAGAAGACUCUUUGGUUUAUACGUGGUCCUCUAGGAGAAUCAGCACCUACAGCACCAUUGCAAUUCCGAGCCUCGAAGCAAUUGCAGAGUUACCCCUGGACUACAAAUUUACAAGAUUCUCUACAAACAGUUCAAAAACAGCUGGUUACUAUCCAUUGGUUCAUUAUACCUUGUAUUCUCAAGACACAGACAGUAAAAUAGUAUUUACUGAAAAAUGAACCAACCGUACGUGCAACAGACAUACUGUUGAAAAUGUUAAUUUUCAAAAACUACAGGUGUUUUAUAGGAACAAUUUUUCAAUGAAAAUUGACCAAAUGGGUACUUGUUAAUCUGUCUUUUUAAAAACAUGUAUCAUUUUAUAUAAAUCACUUUAAUGUUUAACAGUUCUUGUUAUAGUAAAAAUUUUAGUAACCUAAACUAGAAAAGAACAUGAUUAAUAUUUUCUAUAUAGUAGUUUUGAGGAUUCUCCCUAGAUGAUAACUAACACAUAUGCAAGCAUAUAUUUAUACAUCUCCUUAGUCCAACAGUUUCCAAGCCUGGUCCACAAACCAGCAGAGCAACAUAGAUCUUCAAAAUGCACAUUUGAGUGCUGUGUUCCAAACUUCCUGAAUCAGAAGUUUCAGGAGCAGGGCCCAGCAAUGGCUUUUGAACUAGCCUACCAUUGAAUGUGGUUCUCAACUGUGAUUGAGACCUAGUGAGUACACCCUGUGCUAUAAAAUAGAUUUGUAUGGAUAAAUACAGCUGAAUAUUCAUAUCUUUCCUAUGUUCAUAUCGAAAAGUUUAACCAGAAUUGAUAGCCAAACACGAGUCUAGUAAAACUCCUUUUUUUUCCCAAGAUAUUGAACUUUUUGCUAUUUCUUUUUUUCUCAAAAUGCACAAAUAAAGAGACACGAUUUCUUGAGAUAAUAUAGCCUUAUCCCUUAGUAUCAAUUUUUCCCAUUAGGAAGAAGUUGAAUUUUUACCUAUUAAACUCAGUUUCAGCUUUGUCCUUGGGAAGAGAGAAUACUAAGUGGCUUAAAGAAGCACUCUGUGGAGUGUUAUCAGUCCACUCCAGGUCAGGGUAGGUGUGUCCUCUGUAGGUUCAGUUAGUUACAUUAGUACCAUUUGCAUCAGAUCAUGUUCACACAAGAUGUUUGGAUUCAGUUGACGUUUGUAAGUUCCUGGCCCCCUUUUGCCUGUUAACCUCACUCUCCAUAAUAGACAGGACUAGAAAACAUUACUGUUAUGUUUUCUUAGAAUUUAGCAUAUUAACAUAUGCACUGAAAAACUAUUUUUUAAAAAUUUGUAAAUGUUCAGAUAGAUCCCAAGUGUACUAUGAGGAUGCAUGUCUCAGGGUAAUUAAAAGGAUAACUUUUUUUCUUAUCAUCCAUAUCUCUGAUGUUGGUCAAUAAGUAUACAUACACAGUGAUGUAUUUGAUAUCCAAAAUGUCAUUUGAGUGUUAUACUGAGCACUCACAAUCAAGCUUAGGGCCAAAUAAAAGAUGCUGUCUAUUGUAUGCUUUAAGUAGAAAUUUCACUUUGCUUUAAAAUAAAGCUAUUUUUCCCUA